CAAGCCAAAGGAGGAGGUCCCUUUGCCAUACCGAAUCCAUUCCAAGAUUCAUCAUCAUUCACAGAAAUUACCUAAAAUUAUGGCAACAACCAAAGUAGGCCUGAAGUUGAUAAUAGACAAAAAGAAGCAACGUCUGAUUUUUGCUGAAGCAGACAAGAAAUGCGUUGAUUUCCUCUUUAGCAUUUUGACUCUGCCGGUGGGAACUGUUGCUGAGCUGCUAAAAGAGGAAGGAAUGGUAGGCUGUUUGCCAAGCCUCCACAACAGCGUUAAAAAUCUGAGUGCUCCUUGCUUUCUCAAUGACAAAAGCAAAGACUUCCUCUUAAACCCCAAAGUAGUCGCUCCUGGUGCUAACGUGUCUCUCCUCUUGCCAAACGAUGAGCCAUUUACAUACAGGAAACUUACCAGUCAGUCAGUACAUGGCAACAAUUGCAGUGGCUAUAGGAUCGAGGAUGAUAAUCCGAUCAACGGUUGUGGCGGGCAUACUGCUGAGGGCGGUUAUAUAAAAGGGAUGGUCACAUACAUGGUGAUGGAUGAUCUGGAGGUGAAGCCCAUGACCACCAUCGCUGGUAUAACUCUGCUUAAAGAGUUUAAUCUCGAGGAAGUUGGAGCUGUUGAGGAGAAGGUUGUCGAGUUGGGUAUGGAUGAGGGUGUGAAAUUGCUCAAGGCUUCUCUGCAAUCCAAGACUGUUCUGACUGAUCUCUUCCUUUCCUGCCCGGACAAUUAAAAACGAGGGAUUAUAAAGGACCAAAUGAAGGCGUGCAGCGUUACAUCUUAUUCGUCUUUUCUUCGGGUUCCAAGUGCAACAACUGUGUUAUUCAUCCAGAAAUUAAGGGGAAAAAAAAAAAAUUAUCUGUGAGAUUUCUACUUAAGAUGUUGUGUUCCAUGUAAGUCAGAUUAGAUAUGGUGUGGCAAUAUGCUUUUCCUUUUUGUCUGUAAAAGAAAAAGCAUAAUUAAUUAGUUUAUCUAAAUAGAAAGUAAACUUGCGUUAA